AUGCGUGGAUCAUUAAGACUAAUGGGAAAGAUAGUAGGAGCACCAAAAGGACAUGAUCGUUAUCGAGAUCCAAUAACUCAUCAAAUAACACCAGCAUUAUAUAGAGUUAGACAACCGUUUUUUUGGAGAAAUACUAUUGGAUUAUUUGUAAUUGGGGGAAUUCCAUUAGCUGUUUAUUGGUAUACUUUUUAUAAGAUGACAGAAGAUGAUUUUUCAGAUAUUCCUAUUCCACCUAUUAGUGAUGAAGAAUUAAGUAAAUUACAACAACAAUAUGGUGAAAAGAAAUAA